AACACAGAGUGAGCAGAAAUGGCUCAGCCGAUCCGAUUUGGCAUCAUGGGCUGCGCAGACAUAGCUCGCAAGCUAUCCCGCGCCAUCAACCUCUCUCCAAACGCCACCAUCGUCGCCGUCGGAAGCAGAUCCGAAGAGAAAGCACGGCGCUUCAUCACUGACAACGGCCUGCCGGCGACCACGAGGCCCCACGGCAGCUAUGAAUCCCUGCUCGAUGAUGCAGAGGUCGAUGCCGUGUACUUACCGUUGCCGACGAGCAUCCACCUCCAGUGGGCGGUGGCCGCCGCUAGGAAGGGGAAACACAUCUUGCUCGAGAAGCCGACGGCGCUUUGCGUCGCGGAUCUUGACCGGAUCCUCGAAGCCUGUGAGAGUAAUGGCGUGCAGUUCAUGGAUGGCACCAUGUGGGUUCACCAUCCUCGUACUGCUGAAAUGGAGGAAUUUAUCAGAAGUUCUGAUCGAUUUGGUCAGUUGAAGCUGGUG